AUGUUCAAGCCCAAACACUUUGGGAUCUCAGAGCUUAAUCUGUCAAAAUCUUCUGAAGCAGAGUUGAUGCUCGGCCAUCAAGUAGAAAAGCCUCAGAAAUGUUAUUCCGACGAAGAUUCCGUUCAGUACCACUGGUAUUUGGAGCUGUUGUGUAAGCUUUCUCUUUUUCCUUUGUUCUUCUUCUUAUUCUUUCAACUGAUAGGAGUUGUGUCUGGAAAAGCCAUAUUUGGACCCCCACUUGAUGAGUACUGGAAGAAAAAACUUCAAGAGGAAACCGCAGCAAAAGAGAAUAACAGUACUUCUCCUACUUCACACUGA